UGUGUAAUUACAUCACUGUUCUCGAUCUUGGUCUUCAUAACAUUCCUUCUUCUCCCACUAUACAGGCUUUUUUUUCUGCAGGCCCUAUUGCAGUACUUUUCUAAGGAGAACUAUCAUCUCGGCCAUGAUGCUCUGAGCUUUUUAUUCCUAAUUUCAGACGCUCUCUUCCUUACUCUUCACUCACUCUCCUUUACACAAACAUUGAUACAAACCUUCACACUACUUGCUGCUACGCCAGCCCCUAACAUCACAUACCUUGUCGCAAUGGGCUCCCAGCUCCGGACGACGCAGAUAUCCUCCAUUGGAUUGAGGAUAUCGGCAAUUCUCUUCUUUCGCUUUGUAAGUGCACAUCUGCCCUCCAUUGUUUUCACUCUUUUCGCCAUCUAUGCUCCUGUAUUUAUCUACACUUACUUCUUCAAGCCUGAGCUUGUGAUAAUUGAUGACGAAAUCAAUGUUGUCGUCAAGGAAACUGUCGUCACAGAAGAGGCUACGAAUGGUGACAUCACCACCGACGCCAAAGAACUCGACAUCCAAGAGACGGUAACAUACGGAGAGCCUAUUGUUCCAUUGUGGAAAAUCAUCUUCUAUGGCACGCCAAACACCCGAUACCCCAUCGCCUCUCUGGUAGGCUUUAUCAUUAACCUCAUCUUCGUCACCCUUACUGCCGACGCCUUGUACAGGGCAAGAUUCUUUUAUCCAGCCCAGGACUUAUCAUUCGCCCGUCUGGGCUAUGUAUCUCAUGCAGAAGCCAGAUUGUUUAUUCGAGAGCCGAAUCAAGCAGUUUUCCCCCUCAACAUCCAGGUACGGUCCGCCGCUUCGGACACGGCUAUUGAGGAUGCGGCUUGGAACACGAUUGACAGCAUUGCUGGCACAGUGGAAGAAUCCGACUUUACCACAGCCAUUACCAUUCCCCUCAGAUCUUCUCAGCAAAUGGUCUACCAAUGGCGUACUUCUAACAACUUGACGGGACAAUUUGUUUCGGCCCCGAGACCUGGAAGCAUGCCUACCCAGAAUAAUGGCAAAUUCACAUUCCUAUCCACCUCCUGCAUUCUUCCUCGAUUUCCUUACAAUCCUUUGGACCACCCGCUUGCCAUUCCUGGACUUCGUCAUCUUGCCAAACGGCUUCCCAAUAUCGGAGCUCAAUUCAUGCUCUUCCUGGGUGAUUUUAUCUAUGUUGACGUGCCGCAAAGAUUUGGCAAAUCUAUUGACCAAUAUCGCAUGCAAUAUCGCCAAGUCUAUGCCUCACCAGAAUGGGCAUCAGUGGGUCAGAACCUCAGCUGGAUUCAUGUUUUAGAUGAUCAUGAGAUCUCCAAUGACUGGUCUUCCAAAAAUGCCGGUGUUUACAAUAACGCAAUGGAGCCCUUCAACCUGUACCAGGCUAGCGUCAAUCCUCCCCAAGCUAUCCAGGCUGGAUCUUCUGCUCUUCGCCGCAAGCAUGCCACUUGGUUUGAGUUUGUGCAAGGGCCUGCUAGCUUUUUCAUGCUUGACACGCGUAGCUUCCGAUCUGACAACGGCGAGCCCUUCAACAACGAAAACAAGACAAUGCUUGGCGGGGACCAGCUCGAGGACUUCUUAGCAUGGUUGGCUCGCCCGGAGCCCAAGGGUGUCAAGUGGAAGAUUAUUGCCUCGUCCGUUCCCUUUACCAAGAACUGGCCUGUCAAUGUUCGUGAUACCUGGGGUGGCUUUUUAUUCGAAAGGCGAAAGAUCCUCGAGGCUAUGUGGGAUGCUAGCUCUCGUGGCCAAGGUGUGAUCAUUCUGUCUGGCGAUCGUCAUGAGUUUGCAGUCACAAAGUUUCCGCCCCCAGCUGACUCCAAGUGGCCUCAAUCUGCGGCACCCCAUGAGAUCUCCACGAGUCCUCUAAACCAAUUCGCGUCUCCCUUGCCUACGUACAAGCAAGUUGAUGGUGAGGAUGUCAAAAUCAAAUACAUCCCCUCUGGAACUUCCAAGUUUGGCUCGUUUACCAUUGAAGAUGAAGAUGGUGAAAGCAGCCUGUCCUACCAACUGUACAUCGAUGGCAAGCCCACGUGGAAUAUGACUCUGCAUACAACACCCAAAGAGCCAACAACAGGGUCGUUCUGGGACAAGCUGUGGUCAUGAACUGAGCUGUGUCUGCCAUCUUCAAGGUGUUUGGGGCGUUUUUAAUGAAGCCUAUUUCUUGCGAGCUCAUUAUUACUGUUAUUAUUCUUAGCGGCUACUUCGUAUUCUUGCUUGUUACGUCUGUCGCAUUACUCGUUUAUAGUAUUACCUUUAAUCCAACUUACACUUACACCAGCCUUUCUCAGCCAGGGCACCAUCAAGCACUCUCCAUUAUCAAGUGAUCCCUCUUUGAGUUAUUAGGUUAAAUUCGUAUCGUUUACAAUCUUAAAUUGACUUUUAAUUAUUUUAUUUUCAAAUUCAAAUGUAUUUUAUAGCAAUAAUAAAG